AUGCAUUGUGACCAUCUCGACGCCCUGAGUAUCGUAACGGGCAGAGACGGGGGAUGCGCUGUGCGCCUCGUUCAGAGCGUUCACGAGCAUCCACAGAGCUCAUACCGCAAAAUUUUGGCGAUAGUGGACGAAACCGUGUUGUCGUCGCCGACAUUGUCGGUUGUGCGGAGGCAACAAGCGUGCAUUCACCAAUAUCUUCAAAGAGCUGGAAAAACUGAAGCCCAUAACUCGCGUCCUUGGGUUGCAGUCUACGGCGCCAGACAUGCCGCUGUGCGCAAGGGCCGUACUCGUGCCUCUUCCGCCAGAGCGUACAACGAAUUCAGGAAUCGAUUCUAUACGAUUUUCAUCGAUGAUAUCGUGAUUCUAUCCACGCAUCACGAGCAAGCGUGCACAAUGAAACAGGUGGAGAGGCAGCGCUUGCAACAGAGCCGGAUGGAUAACGUGGUGGUGUACCGUACGCUGACCGAAUGCCAGAUAGCGAGACGAUCGAAAAAGAGCGGCUUGCUGGUAUGUGAUUCAACCAGAAAACACACGCGGACGCAUUUCCUGUACCGAGACUUGACCACCACGAUCAACCUUCGGAAACGUCUUGCGCUUCCACAGCAUCUGGCGGCUUUUUUUCGACAAAGCUUUCAAGCGAAUCGUUUGGUACUCUGUGUGGGCAUUGGGCUAAAAUGCGCAAGUCCUUCGAUGAAAACAUCAGUGCUCAGGAGCGAGGGCAUUGAAUCGUCGCUUGGACCACUGAACUGGGGUUUUACGCUUCAGCUACCCAGCAAGGCUGCUACUGGGCUCACAGACACCUGGAACACCUGUCCUUGGCCAUCGAUGAACGAUAUUGGUGUUCCAUUAUUCGAUAUUGCAGCGUGUGCACGCUUGAAACCAACGCUGCAUUGUUUCGAUAUAGACAGGAUUACCUAG